CCCUACGUGUCGUCAUCCGUGGCCUUCCCGUAGAGCUCUCUGCAGAGCAUAUCAAAGAGGACCUUCUGUCCAAAGACCUGCCAGUACAAGAGGUACAUCGUAUGUACCAUAAUAAAACAAAGACUCCCUACGAGCUGUGCCUUGUAAUUUUGGAUCUCAGCCCUCAGGGCAAAGCCAUAUUCGAUGUCCGCUCGAUAUGUCGCCUCACAGGCCUCAGGGUAGAAACUCCCCGUAAUCGCGGCGCGAUCGGCCAGUGCCAUCGCUGCCAACUUUACGGCCACUCUGCCCGCAAUUGCCAUGCCCGCCCUAGGUGCGUCAAGUGCCUCGGCGAUCACGGCACUGCCGAUUGUCUUCGCAAGGACAAAACGGUAGGGCAGCCUAGCUGCGUCCUUUGCCAGACGGAAGGUCAUCCCGCGAACUAUCGCGGAUGUCCGAAAGCCCCGCGCAAGCCCUUACGUGGCAGUAAGCCCCCCGGCCGCAGACAUCCCCCUUCCCAGCCUCAGAGGCCUAUCGAAAAAUUUGUUCCCGCGCCGGCUCCAGCCACCAACGCCUGGAACAAACCCCUGCCUAAGUCGGCAGCACCCACCACAGCCUCUAAGGUUACUCCACCAACAGUGACUAAAGCCGCUCCCCCCAGCCCACCCGCUCCUAAAGAGCCCACAGGCUCGGGCUCUAUUACAGAGAGCAAAUCAGUUAAAUCCCUCAUGAAGGUCAUAGCCACCUUCGGCAGGGCUGAAUUCGCUCUCUGCAUGAGCAAGCUCAAUGAUCCACACUACUGCAGGCUAACUGCUUGCAUCGAACACGCCGACCUUAUCCUGGCAAUUGAAGCUACUACACCAUAAUGGGUAGUACGUCAAUAAUAGGUAGAUACAAACCCCGAUCUCUUAAAAUCGCGUUUUUCAAUGCAAACGGCCUUAUCCAACAGAUUAACGAAGUUAGAGAAUUUGCCUGUGCACGCCAACUAGACAUAUUCCUGGUGCAAGAGACCUUCCUUAAACCUUGCAAUCGUACGCCUAAAAUAUCAAAUUAUAACGUUAUUAGAAACGACAGAUCCCACUCCGCUUUGGGUGGCACUUUAAUAUAUUUUAAAAGGUCUCUUCACUGUACUCCUCUCGAACCUCCCGACUUAAUCAACAUAGAAGCAUCCCUUUGUCAGGUCAGUAUGACCGGCCAUACGUCGGUCAUCAUAGCAUCUGUAUACCUCUCUCCCUCUAAAGACUUGCUGGAAAGUGAUUUCCGUGCACUUCUAGCUCUAGGCGGCUCCGUCAUCUUAUGCGGAGAUCUUAACGCCAAACAUACCAGCUGGAAUUCCCUUGCCUUAAAUACACGAGGACGACAACUAUACAGACUGUACAACCUCUGUCCCGACCUAAGCUUUGAUAUCUUAGCCCCGGACGAACCCACU